AUGAAGACUUGUUUAGUCGGGGUACUCUCCCUUUCUAUUGUUUUUUUUUCAAGGCCGAGUCAUGGAUUGAAAUUACUCGGACUAUCCCCAAAGCAGGAAGAAUUGUACAAUAACGCGCUCUCACCAGAUGGGAAGUGGACUUGCCUUUCAGAUCCUUCCAUCCAAUUGAACAUCACACAGCUCAAUGACGGCAUUUGUGACUGUCCUGAUGGGUCAGAUGAGCCAGGUACAGCAGCUUGCAACACAGAAGAUUCGCCCCUAGAGACGAGACUGUUCUAUUGUGCUAAUGAAGGGUUUAUCCCUAGGUAUAUUAGUGCUAGCUCCGUUAACGAUGGGGUUUGUGACUGCUGUGACUGUUCCGAUGAAAACAUCGAUAUUAAGGUGAAUACAGCCCCCUGCAAAGAAUUGCAGACGUUGUUUGACAGCAUUGCUCAGGAUGAACUGAAGACAUUUGAAGCCGGUAAGAACAGGCUACUCGAUAUGUAUCGUGAGGCCAAAAUUGGCGUAAAUGAAACCGUUGGAGUGGCGGAACAGGAUGCUGAGAUGAGAAGGUUGGAAGCACAGAUAAAAGCAAAGGAGGAAGAGUUACAGAGUAAUGAAAAACUACUGAACACGGAGAGAAACCACUAUUUCGAGAAAUUGAAAAGUGAUGACCCUGAUCUUUUCAAGUUUGAGCAAGUGAACAUGGGUUACAUUGCAAGUAACAUAAAUUCAACCUAUCAUCGACUGGAAGAGAUCAGUAGAUGCUAUACUGACCUGAUCACGAUAUUGACCGACUUAUCUGAAAGUUAUACAAGAACACUGAACGAUAAAGUUGUCAACAAUAACAUCCGUAGCUUCAAGCAAAGGUUGAGAAAACCAGACAUGGAGAAAGUUGGUAUCGAUGGUGACACUGACUCUGAACAACGUGAACAAUUAUUGGAGUACUUUUUGAAAGAGUUGCCACAAGUAUUCUGGGAGGGCAAAUCGAGCCACCCUUCGGACUACGUUAUUAACAAAGCCAAAUUUGCCAAAGUUUUGAUUGAGGGUAAAGUCAUUUACACAGAAACCAUAUUCGAUCUGAUACGUGAUUUCAAAGCAAUGAUGGAUGAUAUCUCACUGCACUACAACGUGAACUUUCAAGAUUCUGGUGUAAAAUUUGCAGUGAGUGCUUAUAACGAUUACCUAUCGAAAUAUCAAGAUGUGUUGGAAACUGGAUCUUUCACUUUAAACGAGGAUUUUGCCUCCGAAAUGAAUAAGCUGUAUGCACUAGUAAAAGAAUUAACUCCAAGGAUCUUAGUUGACUCAAAGAAAGAUGGCCCACUUGAUGAUGGUAAUAAGUUGAUGGGGUUCAUCCCCAAUAUCAAGCAGAAGUUAUCAUCCAGUGGAACCAAACAAUUACAAUCGAUGAAAAAUCAAAUUCACGUUCGUAAGGAUAUUAUUGUUUCUAUCAAGUCCGAGAUAGAAACCAUGGAAAAGGAGCUGCUGUUGUUGCAACAGUUCAGCAAUAAGGAAGGUGUUGGUGCUGAAGAUGACCAAGAGACUAUCAAGGAAUUGAGACACAUCACUGAGCUGAUCGAGAAAUCAGACGAUGCUAGCACCUGCGUAAUUGGUAACAUGGACGGGUACGAGUACGAAGUAUGUUUCAACCCGGCAAAACCAGGGAAUAUAGUACAGAAAGAUCUGAAGCAACAAUACUCGCAGAGUGUCUCCAUUGGGACUUUUGAAAGCCUCUUCCUCGAAAAGAGUCUCCUAACUGAGAAAUACGUAGACAACAUCAGGAUGAAGUACCCUGAUACGGACAUCAUUACCCAUCUGGCCAAUGCCUCUACCACAAUUGGUCACAGCAAUUACCUUUUGGGUAAGCUAGAGAAUAUAAACAACGGUCUAGUGUUUCAGUACCGCAACGGUGACAAAUGUUGGAACGGUCCACGCAGGUCUGCUAAAGUAUUUGUAAAGUGUGCCCCGGAGUUUGCUAUCCUUGACGUCUACGAACUGACAAAAUGCAACUACGUAUUUGACGUGCAGGGGCCUUGGGGUUGUAACACCGGAUACUUCUGA